AUGAAGAAAUCAGCUCCGUCUCAGAAGAAGCAACAGUCAAUUUCCAAUUUCUUUACUCAGAGAACUGUGAACGGGCGUGGCAAUUCGCAAGCAUCCCAGGCGCCGCCACCUGCGCCGGCCAAAUCCAACGAGAAGGAAAACAUCUACGACGCCGAAACAGACGAGGAGGCAGAAACGGCUUCAACAUCUAUCAACAAUGGCUCUUCCAAACGCGCCUUAACAGAGGAAUCGCAGGAACCACCAAGUAAACGAGCGAAGACGGUGGACGAUGAGGAAGUCAGUUCAUUCUUCCCUGGAGUUGCGUCCGGGAAAUCAAUCACCAAAAGGACCAAACUCUCUCCGCGAACCUCCAAAUAUGUGUACAAAGAUCCUUCGUCAUCUGCGACAAACGAACCGCCGCAAGAUGAAGAGGUAGAUGACGCCGAAACCAAAGCUAGAAAGGAGGAGCUACAUAAGAAGUUUGUGAAGAAAUUGGGUCAUCCGGACAGUAUCGCGAGAAUUAAGAAGAGGAAUUGGGAAAUUAGCGAAGAGACUGAAGCUCUAGAUGAGGGAGACGGGGAGGAUGAGGAUGAAGAACCAGCGCCGGCAAAGACGAAGAAGAAGGGAGCUAAGACCGGGAAAUUGACGCCCAUGGAGAUUCAAUUCCUUGAUAUCAAACGGAAACAUAUGGAUACACUUUUGAUUGUGGAAGUGGGUUACAAGUUCAAAUUCUUUGGCGAAGAUGCUCGGAAUGCUGCAAAGGAGCUGAGUAUCGUGUGUAUACCUGGAAAGUUCAGGUUCGAUGAGCACCCCUCGGAGGCGCAUCUUGAUCGAUUUGCUUCAGCUAGUAUUCCAACCCACAGGUUACCUGUUCAUGCAAAAAGACUUGUGUCAGCCGGAUAUAAGGUUGGAGUUGUUCGGCAAAUCGAGACAGCGGCGUUGAAAAAGGCGGGCGAUAACCGGAAUACGCCAUUCGUUAGAAAGCUCACAAACGUCUGGACCAAAGGUACUUAUAUUGAGGAUAUUGAUGGUCUGGAACAGCCGGCAGACGCUCCAUCUGGUGGCGCUCCGUCGACAGGCUACCUGUUAUGUAUCACAGAGUCCAAGGCGAAGGGUUGGGGAACAGACGAAAAGGUUGAUGUGGGUAUUCUUGCCGUCCAGCCAAAUACCGGGAAUAUCAUUUACGACACGUUUGAGGAUGGCUUUAUGAGGGGCGAGAUUGAGACACGCUUACUUCAUAUUGCACCAUGCGAAUUUCUCAUCGUCGGAGAGCUCACCAAAGCAUCUGAUAAACUAAUACAGCAUCUUUCUGGCGGAAAUACAAAUCUGUUUGGAGAUCGAAUUCGAAUAGAGCGUAUGCCAAGAAAGAAGACUAUGGCGGCAGAAGCCCACUCUCAUGUAACCCAGUUUUACGCGGACAAGCUGAAGAACUCUCAGAGUACAGGCAAUGUACGAGAACAAACACUGCUCGACAAAGUCUUGAAGUUGCCAGAAGAAGUCACUAUCUGCUUGUCAGCCAUGAUAACCCAUAUGACAGAAUAUGGACUUGAGCAUGUUUUCGAUUUGACAAAGUACUUCCAAUCGUUCAGUGCUCGCUCACAUAUGCUGUUGAAUGGAAAUACUCUUACUAGCUUGGAGAUUUACCACAAUCAAACUGACUAUACCGAGAAAGGUAGUCUGUUCUGGACGUUGGACAAAACCCAAACACGCUUUGGGCAAAGGCUGCUGCGAAAUUGGGUGGGCAGGCCACUGCUCGAUAAAGAACGACUCGAAGAGAGAGUGUCCGCCGUUGAAGAGCUGCUGGACGGAUCACAGACACCAAAAGUCGAUCGUCUUCGCUCUCUUCUUCGAAACACCAAGAUCGAUCUUGAACGAAGUUUAAUCAGAAUCUACUAUGGAAAAUGCACGAGACCAGAACUACUAACAGCCCUCCAAACCCUCCAAAAGAUAUCUACCGAAUUCAUGACCGUCAAAACACCAUCCGACGCAGGUUUCAAAUCCUCUCUUAUCAACACAGCAAUAGCAUCCCUCCCAUCUAUAAACGAAACAAUCAUUUUUAUCCUCGACAAACUCAACGCCGAAGCCGCCCGUAAAGACGACAAGUACGCCUUCUUCCGCGAAGAGUUCGAGACCGACGAGAUAGGUAAUCACAAAAUGGGCAUCGCCGCCGUCGAACACGACCUCGACACCCAUCGCGCCAUCGCAGCCUCCAAGAUCAAAAAGCCCAAACCAGUCGACUACGUCUCGGUCGCCGGCAUCGAAUACCUCAUCGAAGUCUCCAACACCGACCUCAAAAACGUGCCCGCCUCCUGGGCCAAGAUCUCCGGCACGAAGAAACUCUCCCGCUUCCACACCCCCGAAGUAAUCACCAUGCUCCGCGAACGCGACCAACACAAAGAAUCCCUCAGCGCCGCCUGUGACAGCGCCUUCGCGGCCCUCCUCGCAGAAAUAAGCACCCACUACGCCCCCAUCCGCGACACCAUCACCUCCCUCGCCCUGCUGGACUGUCUUCUCUCCCUCGCAACCACCGCCGCUCUCCCAGGCUACUGCAAACCGACCUUCACAAACACCACGCAGAUCGACGUCGUCGACGGCCGCCACCCCAUGGUCGAGCAACUACUGCCAACAUCCUACAUCCCGAACUCCACAUCCCUCUCUACCGCCGAAACCCGCGCACUGCUCAUCACAGGCCCAAACAUGGGCGGCAAAUCCUCCUACGUCCGCCAGGUCGCCCUAAUCCAAAUCCUCGCCCAAAUCGGCUCCUACGUGCCGGCAACCUCCGCUACCUUAGGGUUGUUGGACGGGAUAUACACGCGCAUGGGCGCCUUCGAUUCAAUCUUCACCGCGCAAUCGACCUUCAUGGUCGAGUUAUCCGAGACCGCGUCAAUACUCAAAGCAGCGACGAGUCGGUCAUUGGUGAUAUUAGAUGAGUUAGGACGGGGGACGAGCACACAUGAUGGCGUGGCGAUCGCGAGUGCGGUGUUGGAUUAUGUGGUUAGGGAGACGAAGUGUUUGUGUUUGUUUAUCACGCAUUAUCAGACGCUUGCUGCGGUGGCCAAGGGAUUUGAGGAGAAUGGGGAGUUGAAGAAUGUGCAUAUGAAAUUUACGGCGGAGAGGAAAGGUGCGAAUGUUAUUAGAGAUGUAACAAAUGGUGACACUGAUGAUGGAGAUGAGGAGAUAACGUUCUUGUAUGAAGUUGGAGAAGGUGUUGCACAUCGUUCAUAUGGACUGAACGUGGCGAGACUGGCGAAAAUUCCUAAACCAGUACUGGACACUGCUGCACUCAAGUCACAUGAGUUGGAGAUGGAGGUCAGGCAAAAGAAGCUGUCGGGUUUAUCAAAGAUGAUUGGUAAUGUAUUAGAGAAUGACGCCGACCAUCUGGAUCAAUUGAUCCUUGGUAUAGAGCAACUAUGA